UUAGAUAGAUAAUAUUUUGACAAGUUGACGUAAUGAUUUUGUAGUGGUUUUUAUGUUACAACAUCCAUUUUUAUAUUAUACAGUCGCACAAAUUAUUUUUGUUAACGUAGGUACCUGAAGAAUUCAAUUUGUGUGGAAUGAAAAUUUCAAGUCAAUAUGGGCGAUGGUUUAAGAAUUACUAAAGACAAACGACAUAGAAGCUCAAGUAGCCUUGCUGGAUGUAAUGUAGAAGGUACCCGAUCUGAAAGAAAACUGGAAAUAACAGGGCCAAUACCCGAAGUGGAAGAUCAGUUCGCUUUCGCCGAAGCGCAGUGUGAUGAUCUAAAAGAAAAGUUAGAUUUAGUCAAAAAUCUUAGGCGACGACGAAAACUUAAGAAACGGAGUAUGACGAAGAUUGGUGACCAGCCAGCGAACGUUGAAACAGCCGAGAAUGUUGCUUUCAUCAGUGUACGCACCCAGCCAAAGAAGAGAUUGAUGGUUACAGAGAUGUCGCAACAAGCGGCUAGAUAUCGACGUUUGGAGCCGCCAGCGAACCCCACCCGAGGAUACCUGGAUCCGGCCACUGUUGAGCAGCACCAGAUGCUCGGGAGAGUUCGCGGAUACAAUCAGUCAUUUCAUCGACCGAUGAAAGAGCAAGGAAAAUCUGCAAACAUGCGGUCGGAACGAAGCCAUGCGGAGGGGGAUGCUAUAUAUCGAAGUAGCAACGUAGCUGAUGAAGCCGGUUCUCAGGAAGUGGCGUGCGGUGGUGACAUCGAGGAUGAAUACUCUGACAACGAGCGCUUCACAGACUUGCGUCCGGGAUCAAUAGUAAUAAAUAAGAAAAGAGCUGCUGAAAAGAAACCAACCCCAACAAUUACAAGAAAAAAGGGAAUCAAUCUUGCAAAGGAAGGAAACGAUCCACGAGGGAGGCAAGAUCCCGCCCGACAUACGCCGUCGCCAGUGAACCGCCGGUCUAGCGGUAAACAGCAGAACGUUGGUGCGGCCUGCGCUCAACCAGAAGAACGACCAAUAUUGGAGUUGUUUAAUAAGAAUCGAGCAAGUCCCCAACCUGACACGAAACAGCGGAAGUCGCAACAGAGGAUAUCGUCGCCCAAUCUCCGAGACAAUAAUGACAUCCAACUCGGGCGCGAGAUGUGGUUGGACGACGACAAAACUGGUCCGCUGGAAGAUGUCACGUCAACUGAAGUGAAAAAAGAAAAGUUAGAGCGUCGACAAGCGCGGCGUCUGAAGUACCGCAGCCGGCACUACGAGCUCCCGACAGUCGCGUCGCAGAUGAAGCAAGCCGGCGUCAAGUGUUACUACACAGGCGGACCACACACCAGCAUCCCUUUCAUCGUUAGCAAGAGCACUGCCCCCUCGCAUAACAUAGGACUCAAUAUACAACAGGUGCUGAACGGACUUAAAAUUCAACAACCUCUAUCUGGCAUUCCACUGACGAUAGCACAUCACAUGGGCCUGGGCCACGUUCCGAUGUACGGAACAAAAUGCAGUCAACUGAACCCUGACAUGCGCGAGAUGAACGCCAUCAAGGUAGGGCACCGAUUGCUGCGGCUGCCGUCAUACAAGUACAUAUCGUACAACCGACUGCUCAACCUGUAUAGAGAGGGCAACGGAAUGGUGCCAAGAUUCCUGCGGGCAAUCAGCAGACCCCACUAUUUCUACACGUCCAUGUACAACAGUCUUGCGAGAAAUCGUGACGACAUCGACAACGCAACGUCAAAAGGCCUUGGCGGCUGCCAAGAAGCCAAGCAGAGCUUAGCGGAGUACGCCAGUCUCUACAAGGAGUACGAGAAAUUGGAGAAGUGCCUCCGUGAGAACUAUGAUCCGGAUCUCGAGCGUCGGAAGGAAGAGCUGGAACGACAGCUUAUGGCGAGGGAAGACUACAUACGAAAGGUGGUGCAAGAUUAUAGGAAUUCUGCCGAAGACGAGACACCACUGCGAGCCUCCGCUUCAAAUGCCGAAGACGUGUAUCGCCAGUCAACAUUCAAAUUAAACCACGACGACCGAUAAAUGCCGAAGCUAACGAAAUAUUCUAAAUUAUACGUCAAGUUUUAAAAUUUUGUUAAAUAAAGUUAAUUAGAUUAAUUUUAUACAUAUUUUAUUCAUAAAUUGGCACAUGUAAGUACUAUUUAUUUUGUAUAAAUCGUAUGCAACGUAAAUCUAAAAUAUUGUUUUAAUCAAUAUUUAUAUUAUGAUGGAUUUUCAGUAUAAGCUGUAGUCAUUGGACGAUAACGGUGGUUUGAAAUUGUUGGAAUUAUAAUUAACAGCAAAUUAAGAAUAUACAUUACUUUCUGUAGAAUGUGUAACUCAUUUCUUUACUUGUUUUUCUAUUAUGUUUCAGGCAAAAUAUAUUUAGAUUUCGAUCUAGGUUAUGCUUGGAAAAUAAUGAUGAGAGUUCUAUUUAUUUUUCUAAAUGUUUGUUUCUCUCUUUCAAGCAUCGCUUUAUUGUUAAGAGUAAAAAAUUGUUACGUCGCCAGUUUUUCGUCGUAAAUAUUGUGUUAUUCACCUUUGUACUUGAAAUUUUAUUAAUAAAGAAUUUUGUGUAUUGUCCGAUAUUU